AUAAGAUUCCCCACCAUGCUAUCCUCUGUCAUGUUUUGGGGACUUAUUGCCCUCAUUGGCACUUCCAGGGGCUCGUACCCUUUCACUCAGUCAAUGAGCCCUCACCUGCAGCCUCGCCUGUACCGUGGCUGCUACGGGGACAUCAUGACCAUGGAGACCUCGGGGGCUGCCUGUGAUAUAAACAGUUUGAUUAGCUGCGGGAUCCGUGGUUCUGAAAUGUUUGCUGAGAUGGAUUUGAGGGCCAUAAAGCCUUACCAGACUGUGAUCAAAGAAGUAGGACAGAGGCAUUGCGUCGAUCCUGCCAUCAUUGCGGCCAUCAUCUCCAGGGAAAGCCAUGGCGGAAGUAUCCUGAGAGAUGGCUGGGACCACAGGGGACUUAAAUUUGGCUUGAUGCAGCUUGAUAAACAAAUUUACCACCCUGUUGGUACCUGGGACAGCAAAGAACACCUUUUGCAGGCUGUUGGGGUUCUUACAGACAGAAUUAAGGCAAUCCAGAAAAAAUUCCCCACAUGGAACGCAACUCAGCACCUCAAAGGUUUUUUCCUAUUGUAAGAAACUGUCAACAACUUUCCAAAUUGUAUGAUCAAACUUUUAUUCUGUGGUCUCUCAGCUUUUAGAUCAGGAAUUGAAGCGAUUGGCGCCCCAGAGGACAUAGACAAUGACUACGUCAAUGAUGUUCUUGCCCGAGCUCGAUUCUAUAGAAGACAGGGCUACUAGGCAAAGAUCUGUGGGUGGGCCAGGUUGGCAGGGUGCUCAAAUGGCUCCCUUUUAGAGUUUGAUAUAGAUGUAUUGUACCCAGUGCUGGCAAAGACAUGGUUAAAAUUAUGAAAGAAAAUUCAUUUCCCAAUUUUCUUAAUGAAAGUAAGCAUUAAAAUUCACCCACUUCACAGUAUGGUUUCCAUGAAAUAUACAUAGACACACAUAUAAUUGCUUUGUAGUAAAUAUGAAUAUCGCAGCAGGCACCAUCUACAUACUCCAGUGAAGCCUCAUUUUAGCCCAUGAUUUCAAUGCCUACCUGCUCCCCAUCAACCAGAAUUGCUAACAAGAGUUAAGUGAGCCUGAUGGGAGCCUUUGUCCUUUCCCCAGUAUCUGCCCAAACCACUAGGGCUUUGCUUAUGAGAAGCUCCUGACUCAUAAGCCAGUAGACUCAGGGACAAUGGAGCAGGCAGGAAUGGAAUUCUAGCUCCAUAGGUAGCUGAGAGCCAGUCGAGCUGAAGCUGAUCUUCAAGUGAUGCACAUCAAAUCCUUCAAACCCACAGCAGCCUCCUGUGUCUUCUUUGUUUGUGAAGAUUAGGGACUGGCUUUUCUUCCAUUUUUCAGUAGUUGCUUCCAUACACUCUCUUACAGGGGGUCUGCUCCCCACAAAACAUGAGUGAAGAUAAGCAUAUGGGACCCAAAUUAAUCAUGCUUCUUUGGUUACAAGCAAAAGUAACCACUUCUGGAAAUUUUAAGCAACAAAAGGAAAUUUCUGGAAGGCUAUCUAUCAGAAGGUUCACAGAAUCAACUGAGAAGGUCUAGGAGAUGAAGAGAAACCAGGCACUUCUGGGGUCUGGGUAACAGGAAUCAGUUAACCAUACUUUAUAGCAUCCUCAGUGAGUGAAUGAAUUAACACAAUCACUAGUGUCCUAAUAAAUGAACUGCAAACACCUUUCCCACAUACUUCCAUCAUUCUGCUUCACUUUCAUGGACUCUGAUCUGCUUAUCUCGGGUCAUAUACGCACUGACCUGUUGGCAACUUUGGUAGUUUGGUCUUGCACACCCACGAUGGAGAAGAGACAGUUCUCUAGAAGGAAACCAUGUGCUGUUUGUGGCCUUCACUUCCAUAGUCAGGAGAGGAUGCACAUAAUAAUGUGUAAAGCUGACAAAGUCCUGAUGACAGGGCCUGAUGCUGGGCCUUUAGCUCCCUUUGGAGAUAUUUAAUGACUAUUUCUGCCCAUCACUUCUCUUUCUGAGUGGGAAUCAAAUCUCUGAGCUCCCUCGGAGAAAGCCAAGUAAACCCUUCUCUACUCAGUGAUCUCUCAACCUAGCCUGAAGGUUUGACCCAGGCAGAACCAGGAAUCCUUGUUUCCUGGGGCAGAGGCAACAUAAGUUGGUGUGGCAGCCCCGCAGUGCACAAGCAAGCAUUUUUCAUGAUUGUUUGAGGCUCAUGCUGUACCAGGUGUUAAAUAUUUUGAUUAUCAUUCCUGCAUGUUGGCCAUCCAGGAAUUUCUUCAGAUGUCCACUUUGCUUAAGAAGGAUUUCUUUUGGGUCCCCACCCCCAAGCAUAUAUUAAUAUUUCGUCUAAUCACUAGCCACUUCAAUGUUACUACCACAACAAUAAAGUGCAUCCAGAUUAGAUUAUUUCCAUGUAAUUUGAAAAACAAGAAAUAGAACAUUCCUUUAUUCCCUGAUUCUAAUCUGCCAGUGUUCUCUUUAUAGCUGGGAUGCCAAGAGAUGCUCUAUGGGAACCCCCAUACUGAAGGUGUCUUAGUUUGGUUCCCUCCAAAGCAGACGGUGAGGCAAGGGUUCAAGUACUGGUAGUUUAUUCAGAAGAUACAGGGGACACUGGUAUGAAGUGGCUCUGUGAUACAGGCAAGGGAAGACUUCUAAAAAAACGUGUCCUACUACAGUGGGCAUCGGAGAUCAACCUUACAGAAAAACAGCUAGGGACGGUACAAAACACACACCUCAGAAUUAUUCUACUCAAGGACAAGGAGAUGAAGUAUUUAUACACCAAUUUUUCAGAGCUACUGGAUGAGGGAUCUACCUGCAGGUGUUGGGGAGAAAGUGUUAAUUCCUUGCUACUCUUGUCUGCCUUGCAAGUAGGCAUAACACUUUUCUACAUUUCCAAGAAGAAGAGGGGCUGUAGGAUCCACAUAGUAGCAGUUGGAAAUCAACUGGGAAUUCUAAAAAGUCCAGAGAUCUGGAGGGUACUGACAGCAUCUGCUUCACCAGGGCUAGAUACCCCUGGAAGGUUGGGAAUACCCUCUAACACUGCUUGUUUUCAUCUAUGACUUAACAACCUGGUAAGAACAAUCUGGCAAUAACACACAGCCUUCACUAUGCCUCAUGAUUUCCAUGACAAGCUUCUCCACAGCCUGUUAGAAUUAUUAAUUAGAGGUCGGGCAUGGUGGCUCACCCUGUAAUCCUAGCACUCUGGGAGGCCGAGGCGGGCAGACCGCUCGAGGUCAGG